CCGAGGGUUGCCACCUCAGGGGACAUCUACACUGAUCAUCAGGGCACAGAUGAUCAGUGCCCUGAUGAUCAGUGUAGCCCGAUCAGUGCCACCUGUCAGUGCCCAUCAAUGCCACCUCUCAGUGCCUACCAGUGCACAUCAAUGCCACAUAUCAGUGCCUAUCUGAGCUGCCUUUCAGUGCCAACUAUCAGUGCCACCUAUCAGUGCCAGUCGGUGCCACCUAUGACAGCUGCCAAUCAGUGCCUCCUAUCAGUGCCAGUCAGUGGUGCCUAUCAGUGCCCAUCAGUGCCACCUAAAUGUGCCCAUCAGUGCCACCUAACAGUUCCAGUCAGUGCCACCUAACAGUGCCAGUCAGUGGCACCUAUCAGUGCCAGUCAGUGCUGCCUAUCAGUGCCGCCUAUCAGUG